UCCACUACUAGUAGUUUUGAUGAGAGAGGAGGAGUAUUUUUAAUUUGUUAUUUAUGAGGGUUUAAGGGUAACGUAUACGCUGUGCGCCGUUGCUUCCACGUCGCCGUCGCCGUCGCCGCCAAGGGUCUCUGCCGCUCUACGCGGGCGCUGUUUCCAGCAGUUGAAGUGCUUCUCCCUUCCCAGAUUCUUCCAAACCCCCAAUUUAAUUUGUUGUGCAUCUAUUAGGGUUAAAGAGCUUAGCAACCAUGAAUGAAGUAAUCGAACUUGACGAAAACUUCCCAUUGUUCUCCCGGAAAAAAAGGAAACCAACCACAACAAGCGCCGCCAGCCAGAAGCCCCCGCCAUCAGAAACCAGCGUGAAGGUGCUGGAGAAAGAACUAAACCCCAACCCUACGCCGUCGCACAUCACCUUCACCGACCUAGGGCUGGCGGAAUGGGCCGUGAACACCUGCAAGGAGCUCAAGAUGAAGCAGCCCACUCCAGUCCAGUACCACUGCAUCCCCAAAAUCCUGGCGGGCAGGGACGUGCUGGGCCUCGCGCAAACUGGGAGCGGCAAGACGGCGGCUUUCGUCCUCCCAAUCCUCCACCGACUUGCCGAAGACCCGUAUGGGGUGUUUGCGCUGGUGGUGACUCCAACGCGGGAGCUGGCCCACCAAUUGGCGGAUCAGUUUAGGGCUCUCGGGUCGGGUUUGGGGCUGCGGUGCGUGGAGAUUGUUGGCGGGAUGGAUAUGAUUACUCAGUCUCGGAGUUUGAUACAGAGGCCGCAUGUGGUCGUUGCCACUCCUGGAAGAAUUAAAUUUCUUAUUGAACAGAAUCCUGAUAUUCCUGCUAUUUUUUCUAAAACUAAGUUUCUAGUCUUGGAUGAAGCAGACAGAGUAGUGGACAUUAACUUUGAAGCAGAGUUGAGAGUUAUUUUUCAGUGCUUACCAAAGAAACGGCAAACUUUACUAUUUACUGCCACGAUGAGUAGCAACUUACAGACGAUACUUGAACUAUCAGCAAAUAAAGCAUAUUUCUAUGCAGCAUAUGAAGGUUUUAAAACAGUAGAAUCUCUGAAACAACAGUAUAUUUUUAUGCCCAAGAAUGUGAAGGAUGUGUAUCUUCUCCACAUAUUGAAGAAAAUGGAGGAAAUGGGUGUUCGAUCAGCCAUGAUAUUUGUCUCCACCUGCAGGAGUUGCGAACUUCUGAGUUUGUUGCUGGAACAGCUUGAACUGGAAGUAGCAGCAUUACACUCUCAUAAAUCCCAGUCGUUGAGGCUUUCGGCAUUGCACAAAUUCAAGUCCGGGCAGGUCCCUGUGCUAAUAGCAACUGAUGUUGCUAACCGUGGUUUAGACAUACCAACAGUAGAUUUGGUCAUAAACUAUGACAUUCCAAGAUAUCCAGAGGACUAUAUUCAUCGAGUUGGUCGUACUGCAAGAGUAGGAAGAGGAGGCCUUGCUCUUAGCUUCAUCAACGAGAAUGAUAUAGAUCUUGUGCUAAAAAUAGAAGGUCUUGUUGGGAAAACACUUGAUAAGUUCGAGUGUAAAGAGAAGGAAGUACUUGAGGAUAUUACAAAGGUCUACAAGGCUAGGCGUGUGACAGUGAUGAAAAUGAUGGAUAGUGGGUUUGAGGAGAAGGCCAUAGCUCGGAAAGCUCAGAAGUUGAGAUCAAAAGACGUAGGGAACAAGAGUAAGAAACGGAAGAGGGCCAAAGCUAUUGAAGCAUCUCAACACUAAAAUUAUUCCCGUCAUAUUCUCAUUCUUGGUAUUAAUAGGGAGUAGGAAGAUUUUGAUCUAGAUGAAGUACCAACGCAUGCACAAUCUUAGCAUACAAAAUAAUUUUAAAGACAAACAUUCUACAACUGUUGUACAAACUUUUUAGUUUAGAAAGAAACGACGCACCCUUUUCAUUUUUAUAUUUUAUUUUGAUGAGACCUUGUUGAAAUUAAUCCAAAUAGUUUUUUUUGACGAGUA